AUGUCAGAAGAUGAAGAUUUUAAAGAUUUAGAACAACAACAGCAACAACAACAAUAUGAUGAUAUCAGUAGUGAUGACUUAAGCAGUAGUGAUGAAGAUGACAGCAGUGAUGAAAUUGUUGUCGAUGCAAAUUCAACUGAAAGUUUAGAGGUAGGCUAUCUUGAAAUUAAGUUAAGAGAAGAUCCAUAUAACUAUGACAAAAAUUUAGAGUAUAUCAAAGCUUUAUCAAAAAUUACAAAUCACACCAACUACCAAACAUUAAAAGAGGCCAGAGAAAAAUUUCAAGCCAUUUUCCCAUUAACAGAGGAGGUUUGGUUACCAUGGUUCAAUGAUGAGCAAAAACUGAUGAAAACUGAUGAAGAUAAACAAUAUAUAUUAUCCCUAUAUGAAAAAGCAUUGGAUGAUUUUAUAAGUGUUAGAAUUAAUGUUUCAUAUUGUAAAUUUUUAAUCAAAGUCAAAUCAAAUGAAGAAGUUAGAGAGCAGUUUGAAAGAUCACUAAAGAUAUGUGGUGGUGAUGUUAUGGACGCACACUUAUUAUGGGCUCAAUAUAGAUUGUUUGAACAAAUGAGACUAUCACAAAUCGAAAAUCAAGAUGAAAUUGAUAAACAAGUUGGUGUUAUUAGAAAUUUAUAUCAAUUACAGCUUUCAGAGCCAAUCAGUGGUUUAGAGGAGCUUUAUAAAGAUUACGAGCAAUGGGAAGAAUCGCAACCACAAGAUAAAAGACAGUCAGUUUCAUCAAAUGUGGAAUUACAAAAUAAAUAUAAACAGGCAUUAAAAGAGUUCAAUGAACGUUUACCAUUCGAGCAGGCAUUAAAAGAAACCAAUUAUUUAGAUAAUAAAAAAUGGAAAGAGUAUUUAGACUUUGAGAAAAAAAAUGGAAAGCCCUCAAGAGUAGUUACCUUGUUUGAACGUGAAUUAAAGUAUUUUCCAAAUUUCUUCCCAUUGUGGAGAAUGUAUUUAGGUUUUAUAGAAAGGACACUAAAAUCAAAGGAAAUGUAUUUUAAAGUAUUCUCAAGAUCAUUACGUUCAAUUUAUUAUUCAGGUGAUCACUGGUCCCAAUACCUUCGUUUAUUGCAACAUAAUCCAGCUACAACAAAAGAAGAAAUGGAUUCAACCUUCCAAAGAGCUUUAUAUUCUGGUUUGCAAACUGCCCAUGAUUAUCAAUUAGUUUAUAAUACAUAUAUAGAUUAUUGUUGGAGAUAUAUUCAAGAAAGAGAAAAGAAUCAACAACCACCACAGUCCGAAGGCCAAAUGAUUAUCAUCUCUGAAGAAUCAAAACAAGAAAUUAAAACACUAUUCGAAACUAUGAACAACUAUAUGUCAUCUAUUGAUACCACAAACUAUACAGCCAUAGACAGAUAUAUGUAUAUAGCCAGGUUUGAAUUAGAGCAUUUUGGGGACUAUCAAAGAUACAGAGAGAUUUUAAAUUAUAUUCUGGAAUCAGUAGAUCACACAAAAUACUGGAUAUGGAGCCAAUAUAUUCAAUUCGAAAUGGCCUUCAAGAACUUUGAUUUUGUUAGAGAAUUAUAUAAACGUGCUUCGCAUGGUAUCAAAUUUGAUGACCCUGCAUCAAGAAUAUGGCAAGAUUGGAUGGAAUUUGAAAGAUUAUUCGGAACAUUAGAUAAUUAUGAAUACACCAUCGAUCAACAUAGCAAGCUCGAAUAUAAACAUCAACAGGAACAAGAAAAAUUCGUACAAAAAAAUCAAACAAAAGAAAAAGAAGUUGAAAAGAAAAGAAAAGGUGGUAAUGAAACUGACACAAAAAGAAAAUCAAAAAAACAGAAAGCUGAAGAAAAUGGUAAUAGUGAAAAACAAACAAAUAAAAAACAACCAGAACCAAGCACAAAUAAAAAAGAGCAACAACCAGACGAAAAAAAACAAAAAGGAAAAGGAAAAGAGAAAGAGAAAGAGAAAGAAAAAGAAAAAGAAAAGGAAAAAGAAAAGGAAAAAGAAAAGGAAAAGGAAAAAGAAAAAGAAAAGGAACCAAAUUUACCAAACAAAAUUAUUAUCUUCAAUUUACCUUUUGAAACAAGUGAAAGAGAAUUAAAAGAAUUGUUUGAUAAAUAUGGUGAUAUUAAGCAUACAGCUUUGGUUUUAGAUAGAAAUGGUAAAUCUAAAGGUUUGGCUUUUAUUACAUUUGCAACCCAUGAAAUGGCCCAAAAAUCUUUGGAACUUAACCAAACUAAAGUUGGUGAUAGACCAAUUUCUGUACAGUUUGCAAAAGAUUCAAAUAAUCCACAACAACAGCAUCAAAAUACACAUGACAACAUCGAUUAUGAAAAUGUAUCUGGUUUAACUGUGUUUAUCAACAAUCUAUCAAAUAAAUUAACAAAAGAUAAACUAGAAGCAUUUUUCCAAAGUAACGGUGUCAAAGGAAUUAAGGAUCUUAGACUUGUAAUGAAGGCAAGACCAUUUGCUUAUAUGGAUUUAAUAGAUAAGGAAAAUUUAAAAGCUGCCAUUGCCGUUAAUGGUAAAUAUUUUAUGGGUAAUCACAUUAAUGUAUAUUUAUCAAAACCACCAUCCUCGUCAACAGCAACAGCAACACCAUCAACAUAUUCAACAAAUAUAGACACUCUUGAAAUUCCAACUAAAAAGCCAACACUUUUGGUUCCAAGAGGUUUAAAAAAGAAAUAA